AUGAUCUACAACCGUUUAUGCCAUCCACCAUCUGGUGUGCGAUGUACAACGAGCUACCGCAGAGAAGCUUCUGACAUUUUCAUCUCUCUAAGCACAAGUGGCAAUUGGGGCUGCCAUCUCGGUUCUUCUGUUGCAUUUUCGUCAUCGUUGACUUGCGUAGAAGAAUUCAGAAACUCAAGAACAUCACCACUAGAGAACAAGAGCCGGAGCAUGCAGAUGAAGUCAACAAGAAGUUUGAGUCAUCCAGAAGAUGAUAGAAAUAUACUUUGUCAGAUGAUUCGCGGUGCUGUAGCAAAUGGUGGAAUGGCAAUGACCAUUAAUAGAGCAGGUGGGAAGGGGGGCAACAACAAGAAAUAAUUGGCCAUACAUCUUCGCAUGAGCCAACGGCAAUAGUCAGCUGACUUUUUUCAAUAUGCCGCAAUGUGUGUUCGAGGUCGACCACCUAGUCAAAGUAUUUUGAGUAGAUAUGUGGAUGACCUUUUGAGCGAGAUGCUGGAUUUAUUUCGUCUGCUGUUGCUUGCCUUAGAAUGCGCGCGAGACGUGCUGUAGCUCUUGAUUGGUCUUCGCGCUUUUGUUAACGGCGAAGGCUAAGAAGAAAUGUCUCAUACUAGCGGCAUGCCUAACGGAACCCCCGCUGGCAAAGGCCAGGGGAAGGGAGCUGGCUGGAAGCUUCUCAGGGAAUGGAGUGCGCAGCUCGGUUCUUACUCGGCGGCAAGCCAUAAAGCUGAGGUCUGAGGAGCUGGCGAACCUGCGCCGCGCUUGGAGUGCACACACAGGCCCCUACAGCCCCAAGGCUGGCGCGCCUAUUCUCGCGGAGCACCCAAGUACGACGGCAGGAGUGAGGCACCUUGGGAGCCGGGUCGUGGAGCUGGGGGGGGACACUGGUCAGCGCGCGCGCAGGGGGGCGGGGGCACUUGCGCGCCCCAACGGCGUCCCGGGUGUUGCGGAGACUGCCACCGGUCUGCGUGCUAAUCUUCUCGGCCAGGUGCGUGCGCGGCGUGGGGCGUUUGCGUGUGGGGCAAGGCGUUGGGGCCGGAGGGCAUCCAGUCGCGUCAGACAAUGGAGGGCACGGCGCUACUGAUGCCUCGCGGAGUGCCUCGCUCCUUUUUGCAUUUGUGUAGCCUCUCACUCGCGAGGAUCCGCCGGCGGUACCGAGUAGAUUGCGCCCGCUCUUACUUUCAUCUUCUGAGUGCAGGCAUUGGCGCAUGGUGUGGGCGUCGAAGAACCGCCUGGCUUGGGGUGCUCUUACUUUUCGGCUUCUUCGCCUUCUUUCGGAGAGGUUCCAGGCCUGGCGGCGCAGUAGAGUAUCUACAGCAAUCCAAGAGAGGCCGCAGGCUCCUAAGAACGAUGUGGGGCCAGUUGCAGGAAAAUCCAUCGGCGGCCUUAGGUGGCGCGCGGACGGAUGAGGAGGCGCUGCCGCUUAUUCUUGGCCGGGAGAAGUGGCGGGCCGUCUGCUUGGAGUUGAGGCCUUUCCAGAAAGUGGCUGGCUAUGAUAGAUGAGGGGGACGGGAAGGCGACUGUGGAAGAGCUCGCGUCGGCGAGGCAGUGGCAACGGGCGCACUUCAUGGACAGGCACCGGGUAGCGUUAUCAGCGGCCUGCCAGUCGGGGGCGCGAUGGCUCGGCCCACUCGGGGCGAAGCAGCCGGCUGGCGCAGCAUGUCCGCGCAACUGCAUCAGGCUAGCGCAGUCGCCUGGCCGUAGCUGGUGCCGUAGCUGCGGCGUCACAGUUCAGGGCCGCCGGUGGGGUCUUCUUUUUGCUGCUGAGUUCGAUGCCACAGAGUUCGCACGCCUGCCAGCUUCUCUUGGGUGAGGGAUUUGCGCCGAGGUGGGCGAGGUUGUUGAGCGUGCGGCAGUUUGUGUGCUUGCGGUGAAGGGGCCGCCUGGCAGGCCAUGGGUGGGGCGGUGGUCCUCGGCGGUGUGCGUGCCUCGGGAACGCCUCCCCGGCUGAGGGGCUUCUGCGUCUACUCGUAAAGGAGACAGAUCCGGCGGCCUGGUCGCUUUUCGCGGAGGUUGGCCUAGCUGUGUUGCUUUGUGAGGCAUCGGAGCGCGCCGCACUGAAGUCCAGGCAUCAACUCCGCGCUGCGCAGUGAGGUCCGCCUGUGGCAGUUCUUCGACUUCUGGGAAGGUGGUGGCCGCGCUUGGUGCUCGUCCGUGCGCGAAGUGCGAGGGCAGGCUUUUGCUCGGGGGCUUGCGCCUUCAGGCAUAAGCACGCGCAUGCGGCUAGCCAAGCGGGAGACUGCAAUCGGGCGCCGCUGCUUGAGCGAGCACAGAGGGAAGCGCAGGAGAGAGCGAAGAAGGCAAGGGAGGAGAAGGACGCCGCGCCGCUGGGGGCGGUGUGCUGGGGCCUUGGGGUUUUUGGCUGAAAAGCAGAAGGAGAUAGAGACAGAAAGGGGGGGCCGAUUUAGGAGGGGCCAGGACUAGCAGGGCCACCCCAGGAGGCUAGCAAGGUUGCUCGUUUGUUUAAUGUCGUCAGAAUCACUUAAAGAAAGCAGCAGCGUCACAGUGAAGCAUCAGCUGCAGUCCUUCUUUUUCGACUAUCUUGCAAAAGCCUUGCAAAUUUCUUACAUACUUCGCAAACGCAAAACUACUCCCAGUUUUCUUAAUAACUUCAGACACAGGUUUACCUUCUAGUAUUUUCCUACAAAAUUCGAGUCUUCUGCUAUAGCAGGUUGUGGGUUUUUUUGUUUAAGGUUGCCUUACUUAGUGCUAGUUGAUGAAGCAAGUUGAUAAGGAAGCGCUCCAGGUCUUAUCCGAAGGCCCUCAGUAGUUCAGACUCUCAAAAGAAUAAACUAAGAAGGCGAGCUGCUCGCCUUCUUAUAUAUUUUAUUCUUUUGUUCGGAACAGAUCUCGAGUCUUUGUCUUAGCCGUUCCUUAGGUGUGCUUGUGAUAAGUAGGCCGAAGCUGUUGCUUAAAGGUAGCGCUUGAGUAAGUUUGUUGUCACUUCUUUCCUCA